UCAACUUGGUUUAUAUUUACAUCAACUGCCACCGCCUUUCAUUACUUAGUCACAAAGGAAAAUUAAAUGCAAGGGCAAUUCCGUCACUUUAUCUGCGUAGUUUACAAAGCCUUGUAAGUUGUAUAUGUAUACUACAUAGUAGUUACAUGCACCUAGCAAGCUUCUUCCUUAUAUAUAUCAAUCAUAGUACUUCUGCAUACAAAUUCUGAAUAAAAGCAAAAAUAUGAAGAGAGGAAGAGAGCAGAUAGAGGUGGAUAAUUGUUUGACGCUACUAAGCAAAGUUGGAGAAAGCGAUAAGAUUAGUUCAGUGAAGGGUAAAGAGUUAAUGAUAGAUGAUGGUGCUUUUAAGUGCAAGACAUGCGAAAGAAGCUUCACUUCUUUUCAAGCACUUGGAGGCCAUAGAGCGAGCCACAAGAAGCCCAAGCUCAUGGUUUUGGGCCUAUCAUGCCAUGAUCACCACUUACGGGGACCCAACACUAAGCCCAGGAUGCACCCAUGCCCGAUUUGUGGGGUUGAGUUUUCAAUUGGACAAGCCCUUGGAGGACACAUGAGAAAGCAUAGGGUUGCCACCGCUAAAGAUGAUGAGGGUGAUGGUAAUGAUCAUCAUAAUAAGAGGUUAAAUCUGUGCUUGGAUUUGAACUUGACGCCAUUUGAGAAUGAUCUUAUUAAGCUCGGCCUCAUGAGGAGGAUUCCUCUUCUUUCAUUUCAUUGACAAUUUUAUAACCAUAUUAUAUUUGCUAGAAGACGAUAUAUUUUUGUCCUUACAUUGUCUAUUUUUGUGUAAUUAAUUAACUAUGCUUGUCCCACUCA